AUGUCAGCGAAAAAGCCAACAAGUUGCAUUGAUGAAGUAAAAGAAAAUUUCCGAUGGACAAUAGAAAAGUAUCAUAAAUAUUCUAGUAUAAGUGAAAGUACACAGAAUCAAGUUCUCGAAAUGUUCAAACAAUUGAAAACGACCUUCAUUAAUUCAUUGUCAUCAAAGUCAUGGUCCAGUGAAGAUGAAAAGCAGAAAUUCAUCAACUUGGCUAAUGAGUAUCAGUUGUCCAUAAUUACUUCGAAAAGUUUGUCCGCAGCAGAAAGAGACAGCCGAGAUUUCAUAUUCAAUAAUGAAAUUUCCAAGGAUGAUUACUUAAUGAAUGUGUACCAUUCUCAGAAAACCAAGUUCCUUAAAUCAAUUUACGAACCACUGGAUACUGACAUGGAACCUGACGCGUUCAGUUUUAUGCCAUACAUAUCUAGUUCGGUUGAAGAUAAACUUAUUAAGGUAUCUGCCGGUCUAUUAAAUCCACCAUAUCUCGAAGAAGGAUAUUCAAUAUCUGAAAAAUAUGGAACUAUCGGUUGGUUUAUUGGUCGCCAGCUAAUGUAUGAAGUAAAUAAUAACAAGAAACCAGAUGCACCUGAGAGUUCUCAGUUCGCCUGUAAUUCACCAGACGCAACAGUUUUUGAGGCUCAACUAUGCUGCUUGCAGAAACAAGACGAAUUCAAAGAAUACAACGAAAAGACAUACACGGGUCAUGGAGAUUUGCAAGGAAAGAACUCGUUUUACACAUCGUUUGCAAAAAUGAUGUGUACUAGCUACUUCACAGACCUCAUUCAUACUAAAUUACAGUCUCCCGACUCCGUCCAUAAAUUCAGUGUGAAUGAUCUUCUGAAACACAGUCAGGAAUUUGCCACUACACACCGAUGUGCAUCUGGUUCAAAAAUGAAUCCUGUGAACAAAUGUGUUCUUUAGAGCAAAGCAUAAAUCAUGCGUGUGCGCAUGCGGAAAUAUCUGAUGGAGUGUGUCCGCGAUUUCUUUUUGAUAUAAACUGUCAUAGUGCAGUUUUACAUGUUUUCUUUUCACAACAAUAAACGUCAUUUUGUAACAUGAAUAUGAUAUUGUUAUAUUUUGAUGGAUUGAUCUUGACAAUUCAAAUAGCUAAAAUCAAAUCAUUUUAAUCCAACAGAAGAAAUAGUUUGAAAUAUUUUCUUUCUUAUAAAUCAUUUUCAUCACGCUCUAGAUUAAAUUCAUUCUUGUACCGU